AUGGGCACAAUCUCCUGUAAGCUUAUACAUGGAGCAAAUAUACAGAAGGAAUCCUCAAAACAUUUUUUUUGCUUGGUGACUCAGGAAGGGGAGGAAAAUAAAUUCAUUAAAGUUACCCAACCCGUCCCUGGUUACUUACACCCCUACCAAAUCCAGGAAACCAUGGGGAGGAGCUUUUUAAUGAAAGACUGUCCUCUGUAAGAUCCAUUAUUGAAAGAUGUAAUGGUGUCUUGAAAAACAGGUUUAGAUGCCUUUUACGGUACAGGACCCUACACUAUAGUCCUACAGUAGCAGGAAAAAUUGUUAAUGCAUGUUGUGUUUUACACAAUAUGAGCCGGACUAUGGCAUGUACACUGUAGAAAAUCUACAGCAAAGAAGAGUAGCUGGAAAUCCUGACCUAGCUGCUGCAAGGCAGAUACAGGAGAACAUAAUAUUAAAUCAUUUUAAUGGAUAAAAUAAAUAUCUACAGUAAUAAAUUCCAAAAUUUGUAAAAAAACAUUUGUUCUUUAU